AUGAAUGUCACAUGGGGUUUGCUGACGGUUUUGAGUCUGGUGUGCCACACUGAGUCGAGGUGCUCACCGACCUCGUAUUAUAAGAACUGCUGGAUCCGACGCUUUCCCGGGAUUUUCAUCGAUAUCGAGGAGUCUCAGCGGAGAGGAGCUCAGCUUCUCAAGUAUUACCAGGAGGAGACGGCGCUGAAAUGCAGCCGCACCUGUUGCCUCACGAGGAACUUUUCCUGUAAUCUGGCCAUAUUUCACUACGAUACCACUCAAGAAAACGCCAACUGUUUCCACCUGCACUGCCCAACACUGGAGAGCUGCAUUCUCAGCCACAGAGGAAACGUUGUUCUGUACAAUGUCACAAAGGGUGUGGAUCCUGACCUGUUGGUGUUUGGAAAAUACUUCACCUCCAACGUACGUGUGUUGCCCCACUACUACAGCAGAGGCAACGCCUCAGAGCCGCUGCCCUCAGACAAACGCCAGUUCAUUCAUCCACCUCCACCUGCUGCUCUGCCUCUGACUUCAGCACCCACAGUUAAACCCCUCACCACCACCACAACCACUACUGGCACCAGUACCACUAUGCUGCAGAGCACCAGUCAGCCUUCAACAGUUCCCACUACUACAGAUAACUUAUCCUCCACUCCAGAGACUCCACAAGCUUCAGGGAGUGAAGCAGAAACAGCCCUGACCACCUCCACUAUUUCUUUUGCACCCAGCUUUACUACGCCUCCUUCAUCCACCGCAGCAGCCACCCUCAGUGCUUACAAUCCCCAGAUGACUCCUGUCUUCUCUACCACAACUGCACAGCCCCCCACAUCUCCCACCCAUCAUCACACCACCAGCACCUCUCAGCUGGCCACCAGCCCUCCAAUUUCAACAGCCUUUAAAGGCAGCAUACAGAGCAGCCAGCAAUAUCCCAAUGACACCAAGGGCAGCCUGGGGAGGAACCACACUGCAGGCAGUGAGGCAGGCCAGGGUGUCAGCGGGGAAGACACCCUUGGGAGUUUGGGACCUGGGUGGCACGUAGCUGCUCACACUUUGCUGGUUGCAGUGGCCAUUUGUAUCACAGUGCUGCUGAGCUGCUGUUGCUCUAUUCUGCUGGUGGUGAGCUGGAGGGGUCAGAGGAAGAGGAUGGGACGAUACAGAACAUCGUGGAGAGGGAAAAGAGGCUCCAUGCGUCUGAUUAAAUAUGUGCUGGUCAGAGAAAACACCUGAAAGUAGGGUCAAGAAAAAAAGAGGCUGGAACUGACUUUUCUUUUUUGUUUACAGCAAAGUUUUUAAUGAGGGAAUCCAGGAUGAAGACAGACAUCUGACAUACAUUUCUAGUCAUAUUUUUGUAAAAUAAUACUGAAUUAUUUUAAUAGCAAGGACACUGCUAUGGCUUUACUUUGAGGAAAUAGAGAUGAAAAUGUGGUUAUUGUCAACUGCUGCAUUGAGGUUACAAUUCUGUACAUUGAAAAUGAACAAGCAAAGGUAUUUUGUGGCUUAGAUAAGAUCACCAAACAUGUAGUUACCGUGAUUUUGGUUUCACUUGUGACGCAAUGACUCAACAGAAGAGCCAAAUUAGGCUCAUGCAUUUGGGCACUGCAAUUUAUCUGAAGAAAGACAACAUGAUGUCUAUUUAGCUGACCAAAAUGUUGAUAUACAAUGAGUUUAAAGGGACAGUUCACCCGAAAACAUAAACACAUAUUUUUCCUCUUACCUGUAGUGCAGUUUACCAGUCUUGAUUGUUUUGGUGUGGGAGAUAUCGGCCAUAGAGAUGUCUACCUUCUCUUGAAUGUAAUGGAAGUAGACGGCUCUCCAUGACCACAAAAUUACUUUUAAAAAACUCAACAGUAAUGUCUCUUUCUAGAAAUCAUGACCCGGUUACACAAGAUAAUCCACAGAUCUUGUUGUGAGCAGUUUCAUUUAGCAACUUUUUUCUUUCUACUGACUUAGAACCAAGCGUGCAUCAACUCAUGGACCAGAGGCUUGUGCUCGUGUCAGCGCGCGAUGUAAAUAUUAAUGGUGUUCCCCUUGGUUGAGCUGUAACGUUAGCUAGAUGAGCAGUAGACGCAUGCUCCCUUCUGCAUGGUGAUAUGAGCCCUUUUUAAAAAGGAAUUGUGCAAAUUUGCAGGAAAGCCCAAUCAGUCUUCGUUCAGCAUUGGCAGUAUAAAAACAAAAUCGGGGAGUGCAGCAAAAUGCCGCCUGCCUACUGUUGUUCAUACAGAAUGUGCCUUUUUCGGGGCAAUGGGGGGCGUGAGCAAGUAACAAAACGUGUAGCUGUGGCUGUGACGUAAACAGUGACGUACUCCGAGGGAAGCUGCGGCUGGUCAGUCCUUCGGUGAUUCUCUCAAGUUGGCCUGUCCUUCACCGUCAUUUGCCGGUUAAUGGCCUCUUCGUUUGCGAGGGCAAGGAGGGCGCGCAAUUCCUUGUCUCCCCAGUUGCUCAUCUUUACAGUGUCUUUCAGGUUUGCCUUUCCCUCUUCCUACUAGCUGCUCAUUCCUGCUAUCAGCUGUUUCCUGUUAGUCCACCACCAGUGGGUCGCAUGUACGACAUCAUCAACAGCCCCUCCCGUGGCGGAAGGGCACCUCGUUCUUUUUAAACCAAAAAGGUUCUGCUAAUAUGUCUGCCCUACGAGGCGGAAAAUUGGGCACCAAUCCGGCUCUGCAUGUCUAAACGCUCGCAGCUGGCCUGAAAACGGCCCAACAUCCGCCGAAACAAGCUUGAGUGCCAUCUAGUCCCAUCGUAUUUGAGAGAAGGCAGAAAUCUGUACGGCCGAUAUCUCCCACACUUGGCAACUCACACCAAAAAAAUCUAGACUGACAAAUAGCACUACAGGUGAGAGGAAGAAUAUGUAUUUUUGAUUUGGGGGUGAACUGUCCCUUUUAAAUGAACAGGCAAAGGUAUUUUGUGGCUUUGAGAUUACUGAAUAUGUAGUUGCCAUGAUUUCACUUGUGACGCAGUGACUUUCAAAAGAAGAGCUGAACUCGGCCAAAUGCAUUUUACCGCAGCGAUUUCCCCCAAGAAAGACGAGAUGAUGUCCAUGUGGCUGACCUACAUUUUGACAUGCAAUGAGUUUAAAUUUACGUAGAUGCCAAACCUCAAGGACUUUGGCCAGCUGUCUACGCAGGUCUUAAGUGGGACUUGAUGGGUGCUUCCAAGAGAAAAAGAUUGCUACAGUUGAACGGUUGCUCAGAUUGUCAACAACAACAGAUUGUGCGAUGAUGGACUGGGUUUUUGCCCUGUGGCCUUCAGUGUUUAACCCUCCAUCAGUCCAGCACGUCUCCUCAGUGCAUUGGGUUUCCUCUGACCUAAAAGUGCACGGACCACAGACCAAAACUCCGUAAGAAGGGUGAGGUACGUUUCAUCGACUUGCUGCUGAAAGCAUCCU